AAAUCCGGCUCAAACUGGAAGGACACAGAGAGCAGCAGUUGCGUGUGCGCGUGUGAUAUUGUACGCAUGCGCAGUGCGGGUCUAGUGAUUUAUACGCACUUGAGUCUCGAGACUAUCGAACAGGGGAAGUUUUAUACAGAGACAUAACGAUAUGUCCUGAUUCCUGGAUCUUCAACCUCCCGUUGUGACAUGAUGCUCAUCACCUGCUCGCAUCCCCUCCCCUUCAGCUUCAACUUCAACUCCAGCCCUUAAUCAGGGAUAAACUCAGGGUUAAAGGUCACACUGUGAGAAACAACACGACAGCCAGAGAGAGAAGAGAGCAGAGGGAGCUGAACACUUCCUCCCCAUUACACUCCCCUCCUUCAUCAUCAUCAGCAGCAGCAGCUAUGGAUGUCGCUCUGUCCUGCAGCAACUACAUGAGUCACACCGAUUUGAAGAGACACAAUGUGGCAGAUAGAGAUAAGUGUGCGUGUGUGUGUGUCUGUGAGAGAGCAAGAGAGAGAGAGAAGCCAAAGAGCUGAAGGAUUAAAGCCGACAAAGCUGCACUGGAAGGCAAAAAGAGAAAAACACACAGAAGAGGAGGUAGAAAGAAAGAAAAAGCAACACUGGGGAGAGAAAGAAAGAAGAGAGACGCAAGGCACAUGGAGAGAUAAGAAGAAGAGAAAGACAGAUAGAGAGAGAGAGAGGAAGAGAAGCUUGCUGCUUUUCUGAAGAGAGAAAGAACAAGACUACAGACGAGACACUGAGUGAACACAGACAGACAGGGGUGUGUGUGUGUGGUGCUGUGAUGUAGAGAACGCGAGAUGCAGGGGAAAAACGACACACAACCCAAAACACACAGCAAGGCUCACCCAGUGUUGAAGGCAUUUGUGUGCGGUUCUCUCAGUGGAACCUGCUCCACAUUACUGUUCCAGCCUCUGGAUCUGGUAAAAACACGACUGCAGACUCUACAGAACACACAGCCUGGUGGUGCAAAGGUGGGGAUGCUGCAUGUGUUUAUCACAGUGGUCCGGACUGAAAAACUCUUUGGUCUGUGGAAGGGCGUCUCACCGUCAUUUGUGCGCUGUAUCCCAGGUGUAGGGAUUUAUUUCAGCACAUUCCAUUCUCUGAAGCAGUAUUUUUUCGAGCAGCGAGCGCCGAGAGCCUAUGAGUUGGUGUUACUGGGAGCAGCGGCGCGUUGUGUGGCUGGAAUCAGCAUGCUGCCCUUCACCGUCAUCAAAACACGCUUCGAGAGUGGGCGGUAUAACUACAGCAGUGUGUGUGGGGCAUUGAAGAGUGUGUGUGAGACAGAGGGACCGAGAGCUCUGUACUCAGGUCUGACAGCUACACUGCUCAGAGAUGCUCCAUUCUCUGGAAUCUACGUCAUGAUCUACAGCCAGAGCAAGAGGACACUGCCGCACGAUCUCGGAUCGUCAGCUCUGACUCCUCUGCUGAAUUUCAGUUGUGGUGUGUUUGCGGGGAUUUUGGCGUCUGUGGUGACACAGCCAGCAGACGUGGUGAAAACACACAUGCAGGUCAAUCCAACACGUUACUGCACAACACGCCAUGCACUGCACCUCAUCUAUACUGAACACGGAGUCAGAGGUUUUUUCCGUGGUGCUGUUCCACGCUCGUUGAGGAGAACUCUGAUGGCUGCAAUGGCCUGGACUGUAUAUGAACAACUCAUGGCACUUAUGGGCCUUAAAUCCUGAACACAUAUGCGCACACUCCCAAAAGAAACACUCUCUCAGAUUUAAUUAAACGCUCCUUGAGAAAUUGACCCACAGCCAAUAAGCUGACAGUCUCUUGAUGUCAUGCGUCAUCGAACAAGCUCCGCCUCCAUGCCCUACAUGUUGAAAAAGGCUCCACCCACUGUCAUUGAGAUGACUUCACCUCCACACUCUGUGUGCCUGUUGUCACUGCAGAAGCUCCACCCACUCUUGUUUUUAUUAAUUAGAAGACUCCGCCCCCACAGGUUCAUCCUAAAUGCUCCACCCUUAGAGUCCAUGACAUACGUUAAUAUAUAUAAUAAUAUACUAUAUAUAUACAUAUACAUAAUAUACCAUCAAACUAACCAUAAAACAGUAUUUAAUUAUUGUUAAUACGACAGAUAAUCAUUUUUGUAACAAAUUAGACCAAUAUAAAUUUUAUCAAUUUUAUGAUUUACAUAUGUAUACAAUUUAUAGAUUUAUAUCUGAUUUUAUCUGAUAUAUUCUGUUGAUUUCUGACAGUUUCUUCACUUUGUUACCUUUUUUUUUUAGCCAUUUUUUGACAAAAAUCACUUUUACCAAGAUAAUCGAAAUCAAUUAUCAAAUCAUUUAAAAAUGCCCCCUUGUACAAUAAAAUAAGGUUUUUUACAUAAAUAGUAAAAAUAGAGUCUCAGAUUCAUCAGCUGAGAAAAUUCAGCAGAUACAGGACCCACAAAUGUGUUACUGAGAAAUUAUGACUGUGGAAUAUUUAAUGUUUUGGAUGGACGUGUUGUUCAAGUGUGUCUGUUAAAACCCUAAUUUGUCUUCCGGACGUGAUGGUAAUAUCCCAUUUCCCAUAAUCCUUUGUGUUUUACAUUGUAAUGCUGCCUCCUUAUUACAUAUGCUCGGGUGUGUUUACGCUCUUUUGAAGACUUGGUGUAAAUUUGGCCAAAAUACUGGAGAGACUCAAUUUUAUUAUUAUUAUUAUUAUUAUUAUUAAUACUGGAAUGCAUUUUAUGGUGUAUAGAAUGUAAGAGAAGCUGAAAGCUGCUUUUCUGUUACAGUAUGUACAUUUUGUGUGUGUAUAAAUUGUGUAUAGUGUACAGUGUGUAUAUUUUGACUGGAUAUAUGAGUUGCACACACGUCAUAGUUUGUAAAUGCACUUUAAAUCAGGAGGAGCCUCUGUACCGGAUCUGUGUUGUUAAUCAAUUAUACAACACACUGUGAUAUUUAACAUGCACCUGUGUUUCAUUUGGGAGAAAAGUGUCUGGGUUAGUUCUGUGCUGUGAUUUUUAAAUCUGCACACUCCGUACACACUAACAUAGAGUAUCGUGCGUUUUCUCUCGUUUCUGUGCCAGACGAACUGACAGACUUCAGUCUCCUCUUGUGAUUGUUUUUCUUUAAUAUCUUCACUUCAGCUUGCUGUUAUUGCUGGUAUUUUCUGCUAACGCUGUGCCUCCUGUUUUGUUUACAUGUGAAUAAAUUUGUCCUGUUUUCAUGCACAA